AUGUUCGGUCAUGCCAAUCCUGGGACUGAUAGUCAUGGCAGCAGCGGGAAAGGUGAAAUGUGGUGGUGGGGAGCGGCAGAUGGCCAUCCCUCCAGCCCAGUCGAGCUUGCCGUCGUGCCGCAGAAGAAUUCGCGCUCGGACGACGCGGAGGACACGACAACGUCCUCCGCAUUCUUUGUUUUGCCUACCUCCUCAGUGCUCGCUGCUCAAAGCGAUUUGUUCCGCCUCCGCUUCUUGUCAAGCCACUCAAGCACUGGGAUUACCAUUCGUAUUAUUGACCCAACAGACGUCAGAUUACCAGCAUGUCUGGAAAGGGGGCCAAAGGACUUAUGGGCAAGGGCCCAGAGGGUCUGGACAAGCUAA